AUGGUUGUCGUGUUUUAUCGGAGUGUGAGUGAUGGCUGGCGCGUCGGCGUCGCGGAGUCGCUCGACGGUGUGGAGGUGCGCGUCCGUGACGGAAUGGCGGAGGAAACUGUUCCUUCUUCGGACAUUUAUAUCCCGGAGUUCUCACCCGCAGAAGGCGACGUACAGUUGCUCUUCCGCAUGGAUGACGCACCUUCAGAAUUCCUUCAGAAAAAGAAUGCCGCGCUGAUGUCCCCCUCUCCUCUUGUUGGUCUGCCGCCACUUAUUGAGCUGCUUCGCUACCGUGUCGCCAACGACGAACUCUCUACUAAUAUUGGCGACAAUUUCUCCAUCCUGUUGGGCGAGGGCAGUCUCCUUGACAUUCACCCGCCUGGGUACGAUAUGGCCCUCAAGGCCGUUCUCGCUUGGAGGGGAUCACAACAGCAACAGGUGGUAGUGUCCUGUGGUCACGCGCAAUCCAAUUUGUUCGACGACCUGGUGUGCUCAUGCUGUCUGCUGCUCGACGCCUCACCGGUCCAACUGCGAGUCAUCGAUGCGGGUAUGAAGGUUAUCUCUGCCUUCACCACCACAAUAGGGAAACGGCAAAUGAGCUACCUGCAGGCACAUGUGUGUGCAGAAGAGGUGAAGCACGAAAGUGUGAAGGGGGUACGUGUAGAUUGCGAUCAUCUUUGUACCUCUCGCAUAGGCGAGCCAAACGACUUAAACUUCAAGGUAUUCUCAUAUAUUCUCUACGGGUUUAGCGACGAGGAGAAGGAGCGGCUCUACAUCAACCGUAAGCAGGAGGAUUUUGUGUGCCAAUCAAACAUUCGUGAUGUGAACCUCAUUGCACAGCUCCGCAGUGAGUAUGCCACCUUCACUGAAGCUCUCGAGGUGCUUGGAAUAUCGUUUACUACCCAAUUGGCUCUCUUCGGGCGCAUCGCGGCUAUAAUGCAUCUCACUGAGAUCGAAUUUUAUGAUGACGGUUCCUUGUCAAACCUUCCAGCCCUCAAAAACGUUGCCCGACUCUUGCAGAUGGACUUCCAGGAGUCUCUGCGUAUAUUCACCUCGCGGGAUGUGUGUGUCGCUGCAGCGCAGUUGCUGUAUCAAGCUACAGUAGCUUUUGUGAUUAGGAAGGUGAACAGCGUCAUGAAUUUCGCAGACUCAUCCUCGUUACCACCGCCCUCUGUCACGGUGCUCUUCAUUCCCCCGCUCUCACCUGUGGCAUCUGACGACUUGCAGAACAUUGUGGUCGCCUGCGUCUACGAGGACCUCGUGCAGUCCUUCCUGCGGGUGAGCGACCAGGAGGUGGUGCGGUGGCAACGCUCGGGGAUCCGUGUACCAGAGAAUAUGCAGGCAGUGCUUGAUUCGCUGGACAACUACAGUCUGCUGAAGGUGCUGUACGGCCUCGGUGGCAUUCUCUCGGUCGCACAGACAACACAACCCGUGGAGCAGAUCAAAGUGGCGCUAACCAGUUGCGCCAAGCACGCCAAAGUGAAGUUUAACGCCAGUACACUUGUGCUCAUCGUCGAGCACUCCUUCGGGACAAGACAGUACCAGUUUCCGCGCAGUGCGGAACAGCUGGUGAGGCUAAAAACAGUGCAUCACGCAGACUACGAGGCUCUCCGUGCCUUUCUUAUCGAGAACGCUGAUGUUGAUACUCAGGAGGCGCUGCACCUCCUGUUGCAGAGCGACAAGGAGACUGCCGAGCAUGUCAUCACACAGGAAAUGCAGCACGUUAGGUCACUCCUUGAUGUGCUAAAGGACGAGACCAAGGUGUUUUGGUGGAUUGGGAGCGUCGACCUUGGCGCCGACUACCGCGGCGACUACGUGGAGGCGCAGAUAAGAGAAAUCCCGUUGCGGUGUGCCGUCCAGCUGCGGCGGCAUUUGCCUGAACACUACAUUACUUGUCGUCCAAAUUUUAUCUCUACAGCUUUUAAACCGCUGCUGCCACGGGCCACCUCCAGUCGCAGCGAUGUGCGUGAGGUCGCAGAGGCUAUCCUGAGCCACUGCGGUGCGCAGUAUUACGUGGCACCGGAAUAUUUUCUGCUGAGUGGCGAGACACUCGGGGAACUGUACCUUCGUCUAAAGAAGCAGCUUCAACGGCAUGCGAUGUGUAUUCAGGCGUUUGCGCGUGUGCAGCUUUGCGCCUACACGUUGCGGUGGCGCGUUGCGGCGUGGGCGGACGUCAUACAGAAUAUCGAAAGACAACGGCACAGAAUUGUUGAGGAGCGCCGCUACCGCUCCCACAAUAACAGCAUGCACAACAUGCAGUUUUUGGAUCUUGUGGAGUCAGAAAAUACUGCUCGUACUACUAUCAAGGAGGAGUGCUGGAGCGAGAGAGCGGAAAUGCAAAGAGAAUUUCAGGCGGAUAUCGAGAGUACACUAGUGCAGCUCGUUGCUUCGUCAAUCCGGAGAGAGGACAAGGAUGCGCGAGCAGUCAUGCGGUGUAAUCAGACAGAGAAGUUGCACAUGAUUGAGGAAUACAUUCAGCAACGGCUGGAGAGACAUCGGGCCAACCUGGACAGCAUCAUUGAGGAGCAGCUGUGCGGUGCCACCACCCAACGACAGUCUCAACGUGCCUUGAAGGCUCAUGAGCACCUUCUCCGUGAGCGCGCUCGGAGCGAGGGACGGCGGAGGCGGCUGGAGGAGGCGAUUGAGCGCAAGCGUUCCAAGAGUGAGAUGUCUCGAAGAGAACGUGAGCGGGAGGCACAAGCACGGGGCAAUAAAAUGUGGCUUCGCCAUCAUCGCAACCAGGUCGCCCGUAAGGAAAUUCAGCAAGCACGCGAAAGUUAUAACGAAACUCUCGCGGUGCAGAUGCUAGUUAACGACAUGGAGACAAAAAUGACACAACGAGUGAAGGAGGAAGUCGUGUCGUUCCGGCGUCAAGAGAAUGAACGCCUAUUUCGGAGGCUGCGCGAGGAGAGGCAACGCAGAGAGGAGGCAGUCAUUCAGGCCGCGAAGGCGAGCGAAGGGCGGGUGGUGCAGCGGGAGCUACGCCAAGAACGAGCGAGGGAGGCGGGCGAUCGGCGUAAAAAGCGCGAGGCACAGAAGCAGUUCGACGAACAGGAGCGACAGCGGCGGGCAAUGCAACGUAUCCACGCGGCGACGGAACGGCAGAAGAAGAAGUUGAUGGGUUCACUCCUCAUGGCGCAGUCUAGUCUCACAAAACCGCGUCUAUAUGAGCACAGUACGGGACAAGCAUCUCUUCGCACAAGGAUGCCCGACUGCCCGCUCGAUGAACCUCUCAUGCUCGCCAGCGGGAAGAAGACGUACGCACGGAUGCUGUCGGAGUCGUCAUUGCGGGGACUCUUCGACUACCACACGACGAAGCCACGUGCGAAGUCGCCGUAUCCGUACGCCACACCUAAUCGGUAG